AUGCAAGUUUUCGAGUGGGCGUUCGGGAAGCGAUUGACCCCUCAAGAGCGUCUGCGGAAGCACCAGCGGGCUCUGGAGCGAACCCAGCGAGAGCUGGACCGCGAGCGCACCAGACUAGAAGCCCAAGAGCGCAAGCUCAUUGCCGACAUCAAAAAGGGUGCCAAAGACGGCCAGAUGGGCUCGGUCAACAUCAUGGCCAAGGACCUGGUUCGAACAAGAAAUUACAUCCACAAGUUCUACGUGAUGAAAACACAACUACAGGCCAUCUCGCUGCGCAUCCAAACCGUCAGGGGCAACCAGCAGAUGGUGCAAAGCAUGCAGGGGGCGUCCAAGCUGCUGGGCAGCAUGAACCGCUCAAUGAACCUUCCUGCUCUGUCGAAAAUCGCCAUGGAGUUCGAGCGCGAGACUGACAUCAUGGACCAGCGCCAGGAAAUGAUGGACGACGCUAUCGAGGACGGCAUGGGCGAAGCUGACGAGGAGGGCGAAGAGUCCGAGGAGAUUGUCGCCAAGGUCCUAGACGAGAUCGGAAUAGACCUCAAUCAGCAGCUCGCCGCAGCCCCUCCUACUGCGGAUCUUGAACAGGAGAGCCAGAACCUGCCUGCUCGCUUGGCUAGACUGCAGCGUUAA